CCCCCUCGCCUCCGAUUUCCGACGAAAUUCCGCCCCCGUUCGAGCCAAGAAAGUGCGGGUUUCUCGACGAUGAUGGCGGCUUCUAGGGUAGUUUCUUGGAAUUUUUUUGUUUUGAUGGCCUGCUUGGAAAUGUUCGUGGCGGCGUGCAGUCAAUUGGUCGUGGAUUUGUGAUUGUUCGUCAGGUUUAUAAAUUUGGGCGUGUUUAUCGGUAGGCGAUAGCAGUAGCCAAGCCCUGGACCUGAAUACCUGAUUCCCUGAGGCUGAAAUUAAGUUCUUUCUGUGUUGUGGAUUCGGGUUGUUAGGAUGGCUCUGUUGGAUUAAGCAGCUAGGCCUAGGGAUUCCGCCCCGUCGCCUGCAAGGUUGCUGCUGCACUCUUCUUCUCCCGCUGAGGCGAAUUGUGGUGAAGCAGCUCGGUUUGAUGGCGUGGCUAGAGGGGAGAAUUGUUCCAAACUGCAAUUGAGGGAGAUUAAAAUUUCGAGCUUGGAUAGUUGUGCUUCUGAGAAGGAGAAUCUAAUUGGGUACCUUCCGAAGUUACCCUUCGAUGAGGAGCCUGCUGUACGCAAGUUAUCUCUACCAUGUGUAGCAAUGCAAGAAAAGUAUGUUUUGCAUACAUCACCAAGAAAAGGGUGUAGGCUGAGGAGGUGGAGAAGGGUGAGGAGGGAUCUAAGAGACAACCCAUUGGAUUUGGAUGUCAAUUUUCUGGUGCUAGCCACGGGAUACUCGCUAGGGAUAGGAUCGGGGAUAUCUGGAGUUUGUAUAAAUAGGAAAAGGAUUAGGAUGAAGGAUUUCGGGGGUGUGGGGCGAAUCGCGCGCAAAUCGCACCCGAGGGGUCUGAGGGACAAGGAGGAGGCUUGCAUUUUUGAGUCUUACUUUGUAACAUCUGGUGCAGGUGGUGCUGUUAGCAACAACAGGCAUCAAAUAAUGUCGAUGAGCUAUGACGGGGAUCAAAGCGAGGACCGGCAAAGCGAAGAGGUUCAAUCAGCAUAUAAAAGUCACGGUGGGGGUGUGUUAAGGGGGUAUUUUAAUUUGGAUAGGUCUGAAGAGCAAAAUGAAGAAAAUGAGUGGAGUUGGAUUCCUCAAGAUGGUGAUCCUCUAGCUGAAUCAAUGUCUUCGCUUCAGACGACACAAGAAGCUCUUGAGAAUGAGAUGCAAAAACUGUCAGAUCUUAGCAAGGAGUUAGGGGCUGACAACUUCAGCAGUGAUAACAGAGCAAACAACGCAUUCGUUUCGCCUGAUGAGGACGAUGUUCUUGAAACGAAUCAAAAGAUGAGCCAUCUAGAACAGAAACUGGAAGAGGCGUCAAACACUAUCAGAGAGAAGAACUCGGUAUUAUCACAACUUCAAGAACUCAUCGACGGCAUGCACAUAGCAACACCGGCGGAGAGGGCCUUCGACAUCGAUCAGCUGGAGACGGACCUCGACCGCCAGCUCCAGGAGAAGAUCGAAGCCGAGAUCCAAUCCCUCGUCAUGCUGAAAGCGAGGCAGAGCUGGCAGGUCCGGACCGAGGACCAGCUCGCCCUCAAGGAGCACAAGCUGUCCUCCUCCGGUGGCGACAAUGGCGAUGGCGAUUGCGACAGCGACAACGCGAGGAUGAUGAUGAUGGUGAAGCUGCGGGAGACGGAGAGCAAGAUCGUCAAGCUGAAGGAGCAGGUGGAGAAGCUGGAGGUCCACGAGAGGGAGCUGUUCGGGACGACGCAGGUGCUGAGGAUGCAGAGCCGGACGCUCAAGAUAUGCCUCUUCGGCCUCCUCCAGCUCGUCCUGCUCUUCCUCUCCCUCAAGGCGUUCUUCGCCCAGGUCUCCGACCCCUUCGAUGACGUUGUGCCGACGUGAUCGAUUUGGUAUUUCAAAGGCCUGAUGAUUGUGUUCUCCUAGCUUGUAAAUAUGGUCACUAAUUAUGUGUGUUUGUUAGGUCUAAUUUCGAUACGGUUGACUAGCUGAUUGCAGGUUGUGAUGUACAGCUGAAUUACGAAAACUCAUGUAAAAAAAAUGUCAGUUUGUGCAUAAACUAGCCAUCAGUCCUGUCCAUUAUAGGCCGAGCACGAGAACAGCAGUAAAAAAUUUCCUUGGCUGACGAUGAAAACGGUCGAAACUGUAGCAUGUCUAUUCGAAAAAUGACUCUUGGUCGGUCGGAAAUAAAUUAUAUUUACCAGUUUAA